AUGUCCAUACCACUCCAAGCCCUCACUUCCCUACUAACAACAACCCCCGCAAUCCUCAAAACCCUCAUCCUCCACCUGCUCGGCCUCUCCCCGACAUCAAGGAAAUGGGACCUCCACACCCUACUAACUGUGGCAACUCUACGUGCAAUACUCUCGCAAUCACACAAAUCGAGCAUAUCCGCUCAACAGCAGCGCACGAUCCAGGAUCGGCCUGUCCGUGGCGAGAUGUGGAUUAGUAGGGUGACUUUUCCUGUUUUUCCAAGUGAGUCGCUUCGCAACGUGAUGCUUGACGCUGUCCAGGCGCUUGGGAAUGGGAGGCAGGAGUAUUAUAUCCCUGAUAUGGAACCUGUUGAGGCGGAGUGGACGGGGUAUCGCCUUGUGGAGAUCGCUACCACGCCGGAGCUGGAGAUCGAUGAGGGGGAUAAGUAUAGGUGCCUUAUGAAUGAGGUGACCAGUCCUGUCGUUCUACUGUACUUUCACGGCGGCUCGUACUACCUCAUGGACCCUGCGUCCCACAGGGGCGUUGUGGCGGAAUAUGCACGGUUAACAGGCGGUCGAGCCCUAAGUGUCCGAUAUCGCCUCGCGCCUCAACACCCUUUCCCAUCGCAGCUCCUCGACGCUCUACUCGUCUACCUCUUGCUCUUAUACCCACACGAUGGGUCCUUACACGACCCAGUGAGACCAGAACACAUCGUCCUCGGCGGCGACUCAUCAGGCGGAAACCUCGCCCUCGCCCUCCUCCAAACAAUCCUCUACCUCCAGCGCUCCGCGCAAGAGAGCGGUAUACCCGUCCCCAUUCCCACCCCCGCAGGCCUUGCCCUAAUCUCGCCUACACUUGACCUCACCCGCAGCUUGCGCUCCCCAACGCCAUUCGAUUACCUCCCUCUCUCUUCACCAACGCAUAACCCCGUCGCAUCCUCACCACCCUGCAAAUUCUGGCCGAGUACACCAGCGCGCGCAGAGAUAUUUUGCACGGCGAGUAUGCUAUCGCACCCGCUCGUCUCGCCUCUUGCUGCCAGCCCGGAGCACUGGAAGGGUGCUCCGCCAAUCUUCAUCUCAUGCGGCGAGGAGGCGAUUAGUCUCGAAUGUAAAGUCUUUGCAUCCAUUUUAGCAAAGCAAGGUGUGAAGGUUGUCUGGGAGCAGUAUGAGGCUAUGCCACACUGUUUUUCGCAUCUUUUUCUGAAGAGAGAGGUUGGGCGGAUGGGGGUAGAGGGUGUCGCGGAAUUUGUGAAGCGCGUUGUGACGGUGCCUCAGGCUACACGUACAAGUGGGUGGUUUGUCGAGGCGAAGAGUUUGGAGAGGAGGGAGGUUGAUGUGACAGGGCUCGGUGGAGGCGUUGAAGACGGGGUUGUGGAGCGGAUGGAGAGGGCGAAGGAUCAAAUUGUUAUUAUGUGGGAGGAGAAGAUGGCAAAUGAUAAUAGUACGUGA